CAUGGCUCACUCAUUCGAAUGCAAUCGCACCGUACCGAGUCUGGCGGACCGAAAAACUUGAGAGACAUGGAUCCAUGCCACAUGUUUCUAAUUAUGGGAUCCAUGCCACAUGUUUCUAAUUAUGCCUGUGCGAACACACCGGCAGUCCAAGCACUCUAGUCACACCCAGUCAGCUAAACAAGCCGGCCCCCACUCUGCCCUCAUUCCCUGGCUGCGAGCGCGGCAACUACUCAUCCGACCCUCAUCAGCGUGAAUGUGCUCCAUAGCGAAUCCUCCAGCCGAUGUGUGGUGCUGGCGAGGUUGAAGAGCGCCAUCGCACCAACGAACCUCUCGUGGAGCUUCUCGCGUAGUCGUUCCUCACAGCAUAGCAUGACACACGAGUGCUUGGUGUCCUGCAAGAACCGAGACAAACCACACGAGCACCCCGACGUCCCUCCACGCUGUUCUCCCGGUUGGAUGCGAUGCGCGAACCAACCCACCUCUGCCUUGCUGAGAGUGACGAGCAUGGUCGUCAGCCGGCUGUAGAGACACUCGAAGAGCGAAGCGCGCGACAACGCACCUGUGCGCAGCAACACAUGUAGCGGGAAACUCCAUUUGCAUUUCAACGGCCCAUUGGAUGCCACGGCCCUGACUGACCUUCAACGAAUAUCUCCGUGGACUCGAUGGCCGGCAUCUUGCUCAGAUAGUCGAUCCAUUGCUUGCUCCACAUGGCAACCUCUUCGGGCCUCAUGUCGACGAGGCUGUCGGCAGUUCGUCUCAGUCUGAAUGAGGCCAGCUUCUUCUCCGGUGCGGCCGUAUGCAAUGCCUCCAAAAAAGCGAUCGCCCACGCCCAAUGUUCGCGACACUCAAUGCGCUCCAGCCGCGGCAUCUUGACGGCCACCUUCACAGCCCGCCUAACCUGCUCACAGAAGUGUGAGCGACGGCCUUGGGGCAGAAUGAGGGUGGUGGCCUGGGGGAAGCUUGUGGGGGUCGCGGGGUUGGCGCCAGAGGCUUGUCGCCGCUCGUCGAAGAUCACCCUGCGCACUCCCUUGGCGAAACCGGCCACGAGCUUCUUGACCGUCUUAGAGCGGUGCUGGCGGCUCCAUGCGAGGACCUGGAGGCUGAUUCCGCAAUAGUCGCUGACGCACGGCAUCAGCGACUUGGUGAGGGCAUCAGGAUGCAUCACGGCGUCACUGAAAGAGAGACAACGAGAAGGAGAGGAACCAGAAGAGGUCAUGAGUAUUGUCGGCCCGCCCUCUCCGUGUUCCCUCCCCUGCUUACGAAAGCGCCGCUGCGCUUUCGAUCAGCCGCCGCGUCUCGCUGGUGUCAUCCAGGUCCCGCCCCAUGUCGAGCGUCAUCUCCUGAAGGCUCCUCACGCACCCCCGCCGCACCAGCAGCUGGCGGAACUGGUCCACUCCUGCCGCAUCCCACCUCACCUGGCCGAGGAACUCCUCCACCGUCCUCACCCGGCCCAGUGACCGCAGGCCUGCCAGGCCCUGCCCCUCCGGCAUGGCCGUCAGCAGACGCUCGUUGUCCCCCUGAUUGCCCUUCGUAUCGUACUCGAGCUUCUCGAGCCGACUGCAUCCACCGAUCCACUCCCGCGCCCCAUCGUACUCGACCUCGUCGACGAACCGGCCGUCGAAUGUGAGUGUGGUGACAUUGGGCGUCACCCACCCCCGACCGGCACGUGCCCACGCGCUGUGGGCCGGGAUGUUGGUGACGGUGGUGAGGGCCGGCAGAUGGACGGGGGAGGAGGGGGGAGGGGGCCGGCGCUGGUACCAAUCGUUCCGGCCUCCUGGGAGGCGACAGUCGACCUCCUCGAAUCGGAUGGUUUGCAGGGUGGCGUGAGUGGGGGGCGGGGAGGGGAGCGGGGAGGGGGGCGGCGUAGUGAUUGCAGAUGACGCUUCAUCGCUGGCCUGGCGCUGUUGGUCGCCCGAGUGGCCGUGUGCAUGGCCCUCGACUAAGGACACCCAGGCCGGGACAGACCACUCGGUUUCCCAUUGUGGAUACCGCACCGUCAGCUCUUUGAUGUUGCGAGCCCUCUGGCCCCACUGAAACGCCGCGUCGCACGACAGGUUCUCCCACAUCCGCCUGGCCGAUUGGUCGGUGCAGUCGAGGGUCAGCUGUGUGUACUGCUUGGCGGCAUCGAUCUCAAAGGCGGGGCCGAUGGCCGACCGCAUGCGCGAGAACUCCCAGGGGUGGAAGUGGCUGAAGAUGCACACGUGGUUGUCGCGCGACAGACGAUGCACGGCCUGAACGCAGCAAGCAAACACAUGGGAGAGAGCUGGGCGACAUUCCCCUCCCUCUCUGCGUUGUGCAGAUUGUGUACCGGUCCAUCCUUUGGCUCGGGGUUGCCGCUCCUGUAUACAAUACGAUACGGCCGACUCGGCUGCCCGCCCUGGCACACCACAUACAUCAGAGAGGCCUUUGUAUUGGGCGCCUUGCCUAUCUCCACGUGUGCCAUCCCACCGACCCACCUCUGUGUAUGUUGGAGUGGGAAACACGCCGCUGCCGUGCUGAUGCUGGUGGUAGUGGUAUGUGUCAUAUGCUGCUGCCGGCGUGCUGGUGGCGAGAGCUGCCGCCGCGGCGCGGUCGAGCGGGAUCUUCAGCAGCGAGAGCUGUGUCGUCAUGGCCGCCACAUGUGAGGCCAUCCAGGUCAUCUGCUCACCCACAUCACGCGCCGCACGCAAUGACGCCUGUACACACCGCAGCAACCGCCAUAAUGACUGUAUAUGCCAUUCAAGCACCGCUGUGGUGUUUACCUCUGACGUGGUUUGGGAUGGCUGCCGCUGUUGAAAGGGAAACGAUGUCCAGAAAACCUGAACACAAUACCACACACACAACAGCGCGGCUGCAGGGAGGCACCACCUGUCGGUCUGUGUAGGGUCACCUCAGCCAGCAUGCCGCUCAGUUGAUUUAGGCUGCCGUCCAGUGACUGUGCACCAUGCCUCAGCUGACCGGCAGACACACAGACAGCACACAAUAAAAGCGGCCCCAGCAGUGAGAGCUUCUGCCCACCUGGGCUAUGACUAAUCUCCGCUUCAUUGGCCUGGCCAGAGGGAGAGGGAUACGAGCUCACCUGCAAAGAGAGAAUGGAAUGGCUGAGUCAGCCUCCUCUGUCUUUGUCGCUGUGUGGCCUACGCACGUUGCCUUGAAGCUGCUGAGCCUCGCGGGCUCCGCGCACCUGACACACACACAGGAGGAGAAAGAGAGAGGGCCGGCACGGAUGACGUCCGUGCUGUCUGUGCCCAUAAUCUAUCCCUCCUUGCCCUCUGCCAAUCCACCCAUUCCGUCGGCUCUCACCUGCUCCAGGUCCAUUCUGCCGGCGCACCAGAGAGCUUUCUGACGCCUCAGAUCCAACACGAAUGGGACAGGAAG